CCCAGCAAAAGGACCACCCCCAUGCUAACUUUGCCACGGCUGCAGAAAUAAAUCCUAGGGGAAACACUGGUGGGUGUGCAUUCUACAUCAUGAAAAUAACAUUGUAUAUGAAUGCCAUCUGUUUUAGAGACAUUUUUAUGCAGCAAUUUCCUUUAAGACAAUUUAACAACAUUAGUCUCUAAAAAAUAGUGCUCUCUCUCCACCUAGGAAAUUCCACAGCAAAGAGUCAAUGUGAACCAAGGCUAUCCUCUCGGGCCAAUCAUGAGGGAAACGUCAUCAUYCAUCGACUAUUUCAUUGUUGUGUACACUAUGCGACCGGAUAUAAAUCUAUAUACAAGACUCACAUCCCUGCAAAAAACAUUACUGAUUUUCACUUAAUAUCAGCGGAAAUACUAUUUGUUUCCUUCACAUUCAACUGCUUAGGUAUUCCGAACUUCAUCUCAAAUAUGUACACGCUUCGAGAUAUACAAUUAUUAAUUUAGCACAUCUACGAGAUCCACGGGCCGGCUAACGUYGUAACGUUUACUAGCUAACGUUAGCUAGCAAUCCCAAGGCAAAGGUUUCGAAUAGUGCAGCAAAUUUAGCUACCUGGGUAGUCCCAAUUUGUAAUUCUUCAGAUAGUGUCUUGCACUGCUAGCUUGCCAUAGCUGUGUUCCUGUGGUUUUGAAGGCGGUAUGAGUUAUGGAGGUUAUGGGGGCAGAGGCGGCCGAMGAGGUGGCCGAAGAGGAGGUCGAGGAUUCGGACGGGAUGGAAGCCGGGAGAGGUGGGACCGMCAAGCUGGGUCGAGUGGUGGUGGACACCCGCGGUGCACCGAAUCGGAGUCGAGGGAGGACCGGGGAGAACGAGGAGGGAGAGGUGGGGGACCAAACCGUCCACCCCCKCAUCUAAAGGGCCGGGAGAUCGGACUGUGGUACGCCAAAUGGGGAGGCUUGAAGAGGAAAGAAAAUGAGAGAAAAUCGCGGGCAGUGGUUCAGAUGGAUGAGUCCAGGGAACAGCAUAUCACUAAUCUGCUGAACACUGUCCAGAGAGGACCGACAUGCCCGGGCCCAGCGAGGGAGGCCCACGCCUCCACAUCUGAGCACUGGCGUUCAGCCCCGUCAGCACCGGACAGAGGCAGCCACUGUUACUUUGAUGGUGAUGAGCCCUCUCAGGAUGUCCUGAAAAUUGAUCUCAAACAAGAGAAGAAGGAGGAUAAGGAGAGGCCAGUACAGAACACUCCACUCACAUCACAACGUUACCUCCCACAGGAUGUCCUUAAAGCUGAACCCCAAGAAGAGAGGGAGGAGAAGGAGAGGAGAGGGAAGGAUAAAGACCUGGAGUACUUGUUUCAGGAGGUGGUCAGGGAGAAUGCCCUGGACCAGCAGUUAAAGAGAGAUCUAGAGAGGAAGAAGGCAGACUCUAAAUACCUAGACAUGCUGAAAUUCAGGGAAAAGCUUCCAUCCUUUGGAAAGAAAGAGGAGUUGGUGGAGUUGAUCAGGUCCAGCCAGGUGCUGGUGAUCAGUGGAGAGACAGGGUGUGGUAAAACCACCCAGGUGACCCAGUUUAUCCUGGAUGACUACAUAGAGAGGGGCAUGGGUUCAGUCUGCAGGGUGGUCUGCACCCAGCCACGUCGCAUCAGUGCCAUAUCUGUAGCGGAGCGGGUGGCUGCGGAGAGGGCUGAGAGUGUGGGGGACGGGAACUCAUGUGGUUAUCAGAUCCGCCUGCAGAGUCGGUUACCACGGAAACAGGGCUCGGUGCUGUAUUGUACAACGGGUAUUAUUCUACAGUGGCUCCGCUCGUCCCCUCUGUUGUCCACCAUCAGCCACCUGGUUUUGGAUGAAAUUCAUGAAAGGAACCUCCACUCUGAUGUUCUGCUCAUCAUUGUUAAAGACCUGCUCCGAGUCCGACAGGACCUCAAGGUCAUCCUCAUGAGUGCCACGCUCAACGCUGAGAAGUUCUCCAAAUACUUUAGUACGCAAUGA